AUGGCUCCAAAAUGCGACAAUACAAUGACUCCAAAGAGACACGACAAAAGAGAAAUGGCGGCUCCAAAAAACAAUAAACCAGAGAAAGUGCGUGACGACAACACCAGUGAAAUGAUGGCUCCAAAAUGCGACAACAUCAACGAAACGACGACUCCAAAGAGACACGACACCAGAGAAACGACAGCUCCAAAAAACAAUAAACCAGAGAAAGCGCGCGACAAUGGCACUAGCAAAACGAUGGCUCCAAAAUGCGACGACACCAAUGAAGCAACGACUCCAAAGAGACACGACAUCAGAGAAACGACGGCCCCAAAAAAAUGA